AUGUCUCCUUAUAGGAUUGUGUUUGGUAAAGCAUGUCAUCUACCUGUUGAGGUUGAGCAUAGAGCAUAUUGGGCAGUGAAGAAUUGUAACUUGGCAUUUGACCAAGCUGGUAUGCAAAGGAAGCUUCAGUUGCAGCAACUUGAGGAGCUUCGGUUGGAAGCCUAUGAAAACUCCAAGAUUUAUAAAGAGAAAGUCAAGCGCUUUCAUGAUAGUCAUCUUUUAAGAAAGGAGUUUAAAGUGGGCCAACAAGUAUUAUUGUUCAAUUCUCGCCUAAAGCUCAUUGCCGGUAAACUUAGAUCAAGGUGGGAUGGUCCUUUUGUUAUUACUAAUGUGUUUUCCCAUGGUGCAGUAGAAAUUAAAAAUGAAGUUACCGGCAAAACCUUCAAAGUGAAUGGGCAUCAACUUAAGGAAUUUCAUCAAAGUCCAAAGUUGGAGGACAAAAAAAAAAAUUAA